AAAGCAUGCUGGGAGAGGAAAACUCCAGGAACCUGAGGGAAAGAGGAAGUUCUGCUGGAAACGUCCUGUAAAGAGGCUCUGAUGUCCGGACAGCGGGAGGGAGAGCCCCGGCAUGAGGAGCAGAGAGAUCCAGUCAGAGGACAACACCAGAGAGAUGUCCGCGUCCUCUCCUUCCACAGGAUGGUCAGACGACUGUACUGGGAGCACAAGAGAACACCUGAUACCUACAUAUUGUGAUGCAGAUGAUUCGGUUGUCGCACCAGAUACAUAUGAAAAAUGUGCCAUUAUCCCAGUUGUACCCUCAGACCUUCAAAUCAAAAAUCUGCCAUCUGAUCCUUUAAAAAAGACUGUUAUGCUGAAUGCAAGUCACAGAAGUGGUGCUGGAUCCCAAAGAGCUCAGAAAGGGAAGAAGUCUUUUUCAUGUUCAGAAUGUGGCAAAUGUUUUACUCAUAAAUACAAUUUUGAGAGGCAUCAGAUAGUUCACACAGGGGAGAAGCCGUAUUCAUGUUCAGAAUGUGGCAAGUGUUUUUCUCAUAAAUCAAAUCUUGAAAUUCAUCAAAGACAUCACACAGGGGAGAAGCCGUAUUCAUGUCCAGAAUGUGGCAAAUGUUUUACUAAUAAAUCAAAUCUUGAGAGGCAUCAGAAAAUGCACACAGGGGAGAAGCCAUAUUCAUGUUCAGAAUGUGGCAAAUGUUUUUCUCAGAAAUCAAGUCUUGAUAUCGAUCAAUUACAUCACACAGGGGAGAAGCCGUAUUCAUGUUCAGAAUGUGGCAAGUGUUUUUCUCAGAAAUCACAUCUUGAAAUUCAUCAAAGACAUCACACAGGGGAGAAGCCAUAUUCAUGUUCAGAAUGUGGCAAAUGUUUUUCUCAGAAAUCAAGUCUUGAGAGCCAUCAAAGACAUCACACAGGGGAGAAGCCGUAUUCAUGUUCAGAAUGUGGCAAGUGUUUUUCUCAUAAAUCAAAUCUUGAAAUUCAUCAAAGACAUCACACAGGGGAGAAGCCAUAUUCAUGUUCAGAAUGUGGCAAAUGUUUUUCUCAGAAAUCAAGUCUUGAGAGCCAUCAAAGACAUCACACAGGGGAGAAGCCGUAUUCAUGUUCAGAAUGUGGCAAAUGUUUUUCUAGGAAAAAUUAUCUUGCUGAGCAUUUAAAAAUUCACACAGGUUAGAGGUCAUUUUCCUGCCCAGAAUGUGGAAAAUGGUAUACUCGGAAAGCAAAUCUUGUUAAUCAUCUGAAAUCUCACACGAGGAGAAGUGAUAUUAAUUCCCAGAACGUGUUUUACUAAAGAAUGUAAAUUUGAGAAUCGUUAGGGAAGUCACACAGUGGUGCAGCCAUGUUUAUGUUCAGAAUGUGGAAACUGUUUUAUUCAGAAAUAAGCCCUUGUUCAAUAUCGUAGAAUUCAUACAGGGGAGAAAAAGUUCUAACCCCUUCCCAACAUCCUCCAUACAUGUAUGGCGGAUGUCGGGAAUAUAAAGAUGGUGCCCACUCAAGAGUUAAGUGAGUGCCAUAGGCGAAGCAUGCGUGCGGUUUCACACAGCAGCGUCCAUGAUUGGAGAUAGCUCUGAUCGCUGACAUUCCAUCAGAUGCUGUAGCCAACUGCAACCACAGCAUCUCUGAGCAAUCAUUUACUGGGAGCGAGCGAGGUGUUACAGCUUGAAGAGCAUAUGAAUUAGAACCAUAGAUAACUUCAUAAAACCAAAUAUAACAAUAGU